UCUUUCAUCCUUCUUCGCUGCAGCUUCCUGUUCCUUUUAGUCUCCCCUAUAUCCACUCUCUCUGUAAUAAAAUCAAAUGCUAAUAAUAAUACUUUGAUUUCUCUGCUCUUCUGUUUUCUUCCUCUCUUCGUUUCUUUUUAAUUUUUAAAACCAUUCCCUACUUUUAAUCAAAUUCACGUCAAAAUCUCAUUAUCUUCUUGGCAUUUUAAAAUUUUUUUUCCGAACUGAAAGUUAACGGAAAGUACUCGAGAAUUUAUCAGUUUCUCUUUCUGGAAGUAAAACAGGCUAAAUUCUUUCGAGACUCUUCGAAGGAUUUGGUACUUCAGUUUAUUCAUAACGCCGGCAGCUAGGGUUUUGGAGAACGGCGUAUUUUAAACGGUUACGUUUCUACUUCCGUUGAAGAAAAAAAGGAUUUUACCGUCUUUUUUCCCUAACUCUUUGGAGCAAGAUUUUGUAAUUAUUUCCACGGAAUCGUCAAUUUACCAUAUCAUUUCGGAGCGUGUUCUUUUUCCCAGUUAGAGAAAUCUCUACUUCGAAGUGGAUUUGAUUUCCUUUUGCUGUUGCAUUUGAAGAAUUUGAAAGAGUUACAAGUUUUAGGGUGUUUAUUUUUAUUCAGUGCUGUUUGAUAAGGUAGGCGAGAUGGCAUUAUCUAUAAAGAUGGAUAUUGAUGCAGUGGAGGAUGUUACUUGUUUGGACCCUGAGCUUUUGCAGCUUCCUGAUGUUUCUCCAUUUGCACUAAAAGCCAGUCCUCAACUUGUCGAGGACUUGUUCUCUCAGUGGCUUUCGCUUCCUGGGACCGGCCAUCUGGUGAAAUCUUUGAUUGAUGAUGCAAAGUCAGGGACAAUAGUUAACGCUUCUACAAACUUUUCUACUCUAAAUGCUGUUGGGAGCCAUUCGUUGCCUUCCAUGUUUCCAAGUAGCAAUGCACCUCCACUUUCUCCAAGAAGCUCAUCUGGUUCUCCUCGCACGUCAAGGCAGAAGUCCAGCCCUUCUGCUCUUGGCUCUCCAUUGAAAUUAGUUAGUGAACCAAUGCAAGAAAUCAUUCCACAGUUUUAUUUCCAAAAUGGUUGUCCACCAACCAAGGAAUUGAAAGAACAAUGUCUUUCUCAAAUUAAUCACCUUUUUAAUAAUCCUCUAAAUGGAUUGCAAAUAGAUGAGUUUAAAGCAGUGACAAAGGAAGUUUGCAAGCUACCAUCUUUCCUCUCUUCUGCACUUUUUAGAAAAAUAGAUGUAGACUGGACCGGAAUAGUGACCAGAGAUGCUUUCGUUAAGUAUUGGGUUGAUGGAAAUAUGCUGACGAUGGAUAUAGCAACUCAAAUAUUUGAAAUUCUUAAGCGUCCAGGCUGCAAGUACCUCACUCAGGUUGACUUCAAACCUGUUCUUCGAGAACUUUUGACAACCCAUCCAGGAUUAGAAUUUCUGCGAAACACGCCUGAAUUUCAAGAUAGAUACGCUGAAACUGUCAUAUACAGAAUAUUUUAUCACAUCAAUAGAUCGGGAAAUGGCCGUCUUACCCUCAGGGAGCUCAAAAGAGGAAGUCUGGUUGCUGCCAUGCAACAUGCAGAUGAGGAAGAGGACAUUAACAAAGUCCUUAGGUACUUCUCAUAUGAACAUUUCUAUGUUAUAUACUGUAAGUUUUGGGAGUUGGACACGGACCAUGAUUUCUUCAUCGACAGAGAAAAUCUCAUUAGAUAUGGCAAUCAUGCCCUUACCUACAGGAUUGUUGAUAGAAUAUUUUCACAGGCUCCACGAAAAUUUACUAGUGAGGUGGAAGGGAAGAUGGGUUAUGAGGACUUUGUCUACUUCAUGCUUUCGGAGGAGGACAAAUCAUCUCAGCCUAGUCUUGAGUAUUGGUUUAAGUGCAUAGAUUUGGAUGGAAAUGGUGUGCUGACGCCAAAUGAAAUGCAAUUUUUCUAUGAGGAGCAGCUGCAUCGAAUGGAAUGCAUGGCCCAAGAACCUGUGCUCUUUGAGGACAUAUUGUGUCAAAUAAUUGACAUGAUUGCUCCUGAGAGAGAAUAUUGCAUCACGCUACAGGAUUUGAAAAGAUGCAAACUUUCAGGAAAUGUUUUUAACAUCCUUUUCAAUCUUAAUAAGUUUGUGGCUUUCGAAAGUCGUGAUCCAUUCCUCAUACGGCAGGAACGCGAGGAACCAACUUUGACAGAGUGGGAUCGCUUUGCACAUAGAGAGUAUAUCAGGCUUUCAAUGGAAGAAGAUGUUGAAGAUGCUUCGAAUGGGAGUGCUGAAGUAUGGGAUGAGUCGCUUGAAGCUCCAUUUUAAUUUUUAAGGUUGCUGAGGUGAGUUUUGUAGUACCUUGUCAAAACAUAAUAUUCAAGGUGAAUGAAGAAAAACUGGCUACUUGGACAUACUGCAGAUGGUGUGCUUGUCUGCAAAGUGAUUGGCCACAAGUUUCAAAUUCAUUCGUAUAGAUUUUACCUACAUAGUUCACCUGCAGGCUAUCUAGUUGCCAUUUUUGCAAUUAAGUGGCGGCAACAAAAUUUCUCAGUCUGGAAAGCCAAUUGCUUCUCAUACAAGAGAGGGUUGAUUCUCCCUGCUCUUAACUAAUCACCAUCUCCCUCCCAGGCCAGGUAUCAACAGUCUGCUACUAUGUUAAAACUUUUUGUUCUGUUUUUAGUUGGUGAAACAAUCAUUUACUGUUAUCAGUCUGUGCCUUUGGGGUCGUGGAGGAAAGUAAAGGUGGAUGGUGGAUACUGCGAUUGCCUUGUUUUGGUUUAGUGGCCGCCCCUAUCUUUGUUGCCAAACAGAAAUUUCGUUCCCCCUUCUUCAAUAGCUCUGCGACUCUCCCUUUUUUUCUCAGUUUUUGGUACAAUGUACAUGUUCCUUUUUUUA